AUGGCAUCCACGUACGAUGGAACCGGUAUUCAGUACUUUGAAUUGAAAGAUUUCGUCUUUCACAAUGGUACCUCCCUCCCAUCAGUACGCCUGGCAUAUCGAGAGUUCAAUCCCACGGGCCAGAAAACAGCUCUGAUCCCAACGUGCUUCCACGGCAGAAUAAACAGUACGUUGAACUUUACCAACGGAACACUUCGCGAUUACCGAGUGAUCGUAGUCGCACUGUUUGGCAACGGCGAAUCUGCCAGCCCGUCCAACACGCCCAAUUUUCCAUCUCGCCUCGACUAUCGGGACUGCGUCAAGGCCCAGUAUCAGUUGACUACGGAGCAUCUGCAGAUUACUUCGCUGGAUGCUGUGAUUGGCUUUUCAAUGGGAGGGCAAACUACUUACCAUUGGCUUGCCUUGUACCCUCAAAUGGUCCACAACGCAGUGAUUAUCUGCUCGGCAGCCAAAACCAGCCUGCACAACUACCAGUUCCUGGAAGGUCCCAAAAAUGCUCUUCUGCACUCCGUUGAUUACAACGACAGCUCUUUUCAGUCUCAGGGCAAACUACCAAUUCGAGGAUUGCGCGCAUUUGGACAGGCAUACUCUGCCUGGCUGACCAGUGCUGAAUGGUUUGAGGAACGCCUGUUUGAAAAGCAGGGCUAUAAGACGCUAGGCGAAUGGGCUGCUGUGGUUGGCGGGAAAAGCUAUGAAGAUUGGCACCCGGAUGACCUGCUCGUUAUGCUUGGAAUGUGGCAGCGGUCGGAUCUUGGUGCCGUGGUGGGAUCGGAUCAGCCUCUACCCCUCGAAGAUGCCCUCCGCACUUUUACAGGCAGGGUCCUCCUGAUGCCUUGCCAAACGGAUCAAUACUUCAGAUGGGAGGCAAAUUCAAAGGAAGUUACGCACCUUCAGAAAGGGGAACUAGCGGUGAUACCCUCAAUCUGGGGUCAUCUGGCGGGUGGCGGUGCCAGCCAGACCGACGUCGAGUGGAUGGAUGGCAGAAUUGCCAAAUUUCUCAAUCAAAGCACCUGA